CUUUAGGUUUUAGUCACUCGACAUUACAGAACAAGUAAGGAGAGAGAGAGUACUUGUUGGUUAAUAGGGUAAAUUGUUGAAAAGCGAAUGAAUGGGUUCAUUUAAUUGUCAUUUUAGUCGUGCCAGUGACGAAGAAUUCGUAUCCCCACCUGGAAUGAUGCUGUGGAAGAAAAAAAAGAUGUUGGUUGAUGAUAAGCCAGUGGCUAUCAAUUUAAGAGCUUGUUUAGCCGGAAUAAAUGCUAUUCUAACGGUAUAUAGAAAUUUAAAGAUUCAUUAUAAUUGUCAAGCAUUUUCCCUCUUCUCCAUAAUAGAUAAUGAACGUGGCUAGUUUGAUGAUAAGCAUAUUGAUGUUAUUGUUACCUAGUCUUACUAAUAUAAGAGAAAAAAAGCUUAUAGACGAAAAAAUGUUGGAAAAAACUGGUUUUGCAAUGGGUGUAUCUGGGUUUACGAUUUUUUCUUGUGUCAUAGCCUAUUUAGUCGCAGUUUUAGCUAAUAUAAAACUAAUUACUGUGUACUUGGUUCUCGCCUUUGUUUCGAUAGCCUUAAAUGUUGGGUUAUCCUGUAACUACGCCAUGUUUUUGAGUGAGGGUUUCGUUCAAAUCUCAAUAUUAUGCAAUUGUCCGAAAGAGAUGGCAGAAAUAAAGAGAUUCCUAGUAAUCCUUAUAAUUAUAGGCUUCGCAACAACCUUUCUUCAGAUGAUAAGCUACGCAUGUGGUUUAAGACUAUUAUGGAUGGUGGAUGUUCAAAAAAAUAAAAGCGAAAAUUUGCCAUCUUGUCAGACAACUGGUACGCCGAUGAAACGACAGAUGCAAGUUACGCCGAGAAAAAUUAAGCGUUCGGUUAGCGCCGAAAAUGUUUCUUCCGAUCUGAAUCCUUGGGAAGUAUCGACAAAACGCGAUUACUUUGUCUGGGCGACGCCUUACGGCCAUUACAAAUCCUAUGACGAAUUAGCUUUAAAUUCAGGUGGAUUAGCGUUUAGUACCCCUUUCGACGUUUACGGUAGACAACGAACAAGAUCGGCAACGGCUUCCACUUCAACACCCGAAAGAGUCUUUUGUAAGAAUAUUGCAGAAAGUGUUAAGCCAAGAAAAUAG